AUGGCUGAAUUAUCCAACUUGACACAAGAGUAAUUGUAUUAGAUGCUUACAUUCGUUCUCUCCGGCGAUAAUGAAAAAAUUAAAGAGGCCACACGUGUUUUAAAAGUAUACACUAAGUCUGUGAAUUGCAUAGGACCAUUGGCAUUAGUAAUAUCUCAAAAUGAGAAUUAAUCAUUUAGACACUUGGCAGGUGUCUUAUUAAAAAGAAACAUGGCUGCAAAUUAUGAUAAAUUGGAUGCCACAGCACAAACUCAAUUAAAGCAAUUGCUAUUGGAGAGAUUUUUCGCAGAACCAAUCAAUCCAAUCAGAACAAGUAUCGGAUCCUUGAUAGGAACUAUUGCAAUUUAAACUUUGGGAGAUAAUAAAUGGCCAGAACUUUUUUAAGUUCUAUAAAAUUAAACCGCAAAAAACUAAGACAUAGUCACUAGAUAACGAGGAUUAAUGUUAUUAGCUUUAAUAUUUGAUUACUCUGGAGAUAGUUUGAAGCCAUUCUACUCUGUGUUUUAUCCAUUCUUCAUUGAAAAUCUCCAAGAUAGUGACAAAUAAAUCAGAGUACAAACAGUCAAAUGUUUGAUUUCCUUGUUCGAUAACAUAGAACAUAUGAACAAAUAGGAAGCUUAAUAAUACAAGACUCUAGUUGAACCAAUCUUAAGAUUCGUAGAUUAAUGCAUAAAAGAAGGAGAUGAAGAUAAUGCUUAUCAUUGCUUUGAUGCUUUUGGAUAUUUAGCCGAAAGCAAAUUAACCAUCUUAGAUACUCAUUUGGGUAUGAUUGUAGAAUAUGCUGCAAGUUAAAAUCUUUUGUUGAAUCCAAAAUGCAGCAGUAAAUUUAAGGAAUGUGUAUUGGAUUUGAUUGAUAACGUUGUAGAAUACCACAAGAAGGUAUUGAAUAAGAACCCAACAUUAUUAAAAUAACUUAUCGAAUGUUUAUCCUUAGUCAUUGCCUAACCAUACACAGAAGAUUAAUUGACUCAAGAUGAGGAUCCACUUUAAGAUGUAACCUUAUGGCUCUUGGAAACCUUAGUGAUUGGAUUGGGUAAGAAAAAGACUUUGUUCGGUUUAUUUUUGGAAACAAUCAUAAAAUUGAUAGACUCAGGAGAUGUAAACUAAAUGAAUGCAGGAUUUUUGAUAUUAGCAGCUAUAACAGAAGGACUCUAAGAUUAAAUUAGAAGAUAAUUACAAAAUCCAAUUAUGAAUGUCAUUAUUCCUAAAGGAUUGAAAGAUGAAAGAACAGCUGUAAGAGGUGCAGCAAUUAAAUGCUUAUCAUACUUCAGUGAAUGGUUAUGCCCAGAAAUCUUGACUUAUGAUUAGAUCGUUAUUCCAGAAAUGAUCAAUUGUCUUAAAUCUUAAGAUCAUAAGAUUUAUGAAAAAGCAUUAUUGACUAUUGACAUCUUUGCUGAGAAUAUGGAAUCAGAUAAGAUACUUCCUUACAUGUAAACUCUCUUGCCUAGUUUGGUUCAAUUGUUCUUACAAUAAACAACUACCUUCAUUGCCAGAAGACAUUGUUUAUCUUCAAUCGGAAGCAUUAUAGUUUCAUCUAAAGAGGCAUUUGCAGCAUAUUUGAAGGAUGUCAGUGAAUUGCUAUUACAAGUAUUGAAAGAAAAAGAUACUCCUGAAGUAAUGAGUAUUAAAUCAGAGGCAAUCCAAGUAUUUGGAACUAUUGCUGAAUCAUUCAAGUCUAAUUUAGAAGUGUAAAAUCAAUUGAUUACUCCAUUGGCUCCAUAAAUUUAUGAAUUAUUAACUAAACAUGAAGAUUUUGAAAUCAGAGAAGCUUGCUUAGCCUUCUUUUAUAAUAUGGCUGCAGCUUAAGGUGAGAAGUUUGCUCCAAUCUUCACUCAAAUCAUCAGCUAUACUAUCAAGUUGGCAGAAUCCAAAGAAGGAAUCUCUUAUGACAAAGAAAAGAAAGAAUUCUCUUUAGAUACUGAAUCUGAAGAUGAAAAUCAACAAGGACCUAUGAGAGUCAAAGUCACCUAAAUGGAUGAGAAAGCAGCUGCCAUCCAUGCCUUAGGUUAAUUUGCAAUUUCUGUCCCAUAAUAAUUUGGACAAUAUUUCAAAACCACCUUUGAUAUCUUAGAUGAAACUGUUGAUUUCUUCUAUGAUAACAUCAGGAUUUAAACUCUUUAAUGUUACAGAGAUUUGAUUGAAGGAUAUGCUUUAUUCAAACACAAUGGUGUAUUGCCAAAAGUAUAGUUAGGAUUACCAGCCAUUGAAAAUUUAGAUGCUGAAUUCUUAACAUUCUUGUAAACAGAUGUCAUGUAAAAAUUAAUCAGAGUCAUUGCUGAAGAUGAAUCCUAUGAAUGUGCUGCUCUUGCUAUAGAUGUUAUUGAUCAUCUAACCAAGAAAUUAGGUCCUUAAUUUGUCUACAAGAAUCUAGAUGAUUUAGCCAAAGUUAUUACUUUAGUAUUGAUCAAGAAAAUCAAGUGUUUAGGAGCUGAUCUUGAUUCAGAAGGUGAAGAAGAAGAAGAAGAUUCUGAUAUGAAUCUUAAUGUUCUAGAAAACCUCACUGAUUUAAUUCCAACAUUAGCUAAAAAUCUGAAAAAUGGAUUUGUCCUUUUCUUCAGAUAGAUCUACCCUUAUUUGAUUGGAAAUCUCAAUAAAAAUAAAGAAAUUGAUGACAUUAUUUGCACAGUUGGAUGUCUUGCCCAAAUCUUUGAAUAUGAACCAAGUCUAAUUGCAGAAUGCCAAUAGAUUGCUAUUCCAUUCUUAUUAAAUACUGUUCCUGCCAUCGGAGAUUAAGAAUUAAAUAGAAAUGCUGCUUAUGCUUUGGCUACAUAUUGUGAAUUUGGACCAUAAAACGAUGUUGCUUCAGCUCUCCCAUAAAUUAUCUAAACACUUACUAAUAUAUUUACAAGUGCUACUACUUACAGAGAAGCUGCUGAAAAUGCCACUGCAGCUGUUUGCAGAAUUCUUAUUAGAUUCCCAUAAGCUUUACCAUUAGAAACCACACUUGACCACAUUUUGGCACAAUUACCUUUCAAAGGAGAUGUCGAAGAAAAUUUCACCGGAUUAAGAUUCUUAGUCCAUUUGGGAAAUACUAUUCCUGAUCUUAUAACACCAAGAAUGGAAUAAGUUAUCAAAUUGUUAUUAGAUUCACUUAUUUAAAAGGAACACUAUAAGCUUAAAGAAGAAUAAUUAAACUUUGUUGUGACUACCGUAAAAGGUUUGAUUCAAAAUCAACAAUAUAAAACUUUAAUUGAAAACAUUAUUUUGAAUGUUUAAGAUUAAACAUAAAAAAAUAAAGUGAUUGCUCUUCUAUAAUGAUGAAGAUGUAUGAAAUUGCUAAAUGUAUGUUAAUAAUCAAUUAAAUAAAUCAUUACA